AAUCACAUGCGCUAUUUAAAUACCCAGCUGUCGACCGAGGAAUAAUUUUUUUCUUCUAUUACCAUAGCGGCUUUAUCAGCUGAAGAUGGCGGACGGGGAGAACAUCCUUGUUGGAGCCAGUUCCAGCACUUCAAGUAUGGAAGAACCCGUUUCAAAAAAGGCCAAAAUGAGCAUGGCCAUAGAAUGUGGCCUAAAGAUUGUUCACACUGAGCAAGUUACAUACGGGCCAGAGGCUUGUGAGAGUUGGGCGGCGGCGAUUUCUGCGCGGCCAAAUGAGGAGAUUGAGCCGGUGAUGGCGGUAGGACAGGCCCCAGCAGCAGCACUAGGCGGAGACAAUGGGCUGCUGGUCUUGGAGCCUCAGGAAAGCGUAACAAAUUUAGAAAGGGCGUCUGGACCCGCUGCGGAGCCUGCAGGUCCAGAGUGUCUUGGCACUGAUGAGGAGUUUCACCCAAAUGGCUUUGCCUCCCCAGACGAUGUCAAUGAGGAUGAUGACAGAUCCUCACAUGCAAGUUCCAGUGACUGGACCCCUCAACCACAGAUAGGUUCCUACAGUUUUAUUCAGCAACACAUUAUGAGAGAGACAAAUCCGAGAACAAUACUGAAAGAGUUGCUUCCUGAGACUGUGCUUCCGCCCGACUUGGAUGACAUGACACUGUGGCAGAUCAUCAUCAACAUCUCGGAGCCUCCUAAAAGAAAGAAGCGCAAAGACAUAAACACCCUGGAGGAUGUGGUUCGGCUAUUCCACGAAAGCAAAAAGAUCCUUGUGCUAACUGGCGCUGGGGUGUCUGUUUCUUGUGGAAUACCAGACUUUCGAUCCAGAGAUGGCAUUUAUGCAAGACUUGCAAUAGAUUUCCCAGAUCUUCCAGACCCUCAAGCAAUGUUUGAUAUAGAGUACUUCAGAAGAGACCCAAGGCCAUUUUUCAAGUUUGCUAAGGAGAUCUAUCCUGGACAGUUCCAACCUUCGCCCUGUCACAAAUUCAUAUCUAUGCUGGACAAGCAGGGGAAGCUACUACGCAACUACACCCAGAACAUUGACACUCUUGAACAAGUGGCUGGGGUUCAGAGGAUCAUCCAGUGUCAUGGGUCUUUUGCAACAGCUUCCUGUCUCGUCUGUAAACACAAGGUUGACUGUGAGGCCGUAAGGGAAGACAUUUUUUAUCAGGUUGUCCCUCACUGUCCACGGUGUCCAGAUAUCCCCCUGGCAAUCAUGAAGCCAGAUAUUGUCUUCUUCGGAGAGAAUCUUCCAGAACUGUUCCACAGAGCAAUGAGGCAGGAUAAGGAUGAAGUGGACCUUCUUAUUGUCAUUGGGUCCUCACUGAAAGUGCGACCCGUGGCUCUCAUCCCAACCUCCAUUCCUCAUGAAGUGCCUCAAGUCUUGAUAAAUCGGGAGCAGCUGCCUCACCUCAACUUUGACGUGGAGCUACUUGGGGACUGUGACGUAAUCGUUAACGAGCUCUGCCAUCGGUUGGGUGGAGACUUUGAGCAACUGUGCUACAACUCCUUAAGACUCAAUGAGAUCACAGAGAAACCCCCGCGGUUACCGACUUCUGCAGAGCAGCCACCUUACAAGGCCUUGUCUACUCACAGUAAGCCAACAGAAAAAGAACAGAAGCACCGUCAAACAGAUUCAUCGGUCAGUGCCUCAGAGGAGACGAACACUCACAUGGUCUCAGACACUCCAGAAGGUGACAGAGUACCAACAGAACCUUGUCCGAAGGCUCAGAAUGUCACAGACACGUCUGAAGUCGAUGGCGUACCACCCGAGCCCUGUCCAAAAGGGCAGAUUGUCCCAGACACUCCAGAAGUAGAAGCACAACCAGAGCCCUGUCCAAAGGCUCCAAGUCCCAAUGAGGAGAGAAUGGAGCGUUCAGUCUCUCCAUCAGCGGACACGCGGAGUGAAGAAGGCUCUGGAUUAAAUGACCAAUAUAUCAACCUUGAAGUUCGCAAACGAUGCUGGAUGAGUCGAAUCAGUCGAAGUCCUAUCAGCAAGCGCCUUGAGACUUCUCAAUACCUUUUCCAAGCACCAAAUCACUACAUCUUUCACGGGGCAGAAGUGUACUCCAACUCGGAAGAUGAGACGUCCAGCUCCUGUGGGAGCGACAGCGAGGACUCCAGCCUGGAGAUGGAGGAGGAAGACAGCGACGCAGAGGAGGACCAGAGCACAUCAGCAGAGGAGAUCGAGGGCUGCCUUAUAGACACAGUGACACACAAGCAAGCCUGCGAGGGCACGUCGAGUGUGAAGCAGACAGACCAUACAGACGAAAAUGUCCAGAACACCACAGACCUUUAAAAAAAACAGAAUGACCCUGUCUUGACAAGGCACUUGCUUUCAUUUUAUUAUCUUGUUUUGUAUAUUGUUUUGUCCCCACAGCCCCUUUUAUACAUUUUUCAAAAAGUCUAGAUUGCGUUGACUACACUCUUUUGCAUGCAUGUGCUGAAUAUUCAUUAUGUCUUUCUGCGUCCGACCACAUUACUGAGCUGCGUGGGAAUUGAGUACACGUUUUGUGUACUAUCAUUCGCAGCUCAACCAAGAAAGGAACAGCAAACUUACACCAAAGAACACCCCAUACUCUAAAUGUUUUUCCAGUUUUUCAUAAAAUUCUAAAAAGCUUGUUUUUGACUUACCCACCACUGAAGUGUAAAGAAUAUAUUUAACGGUUUCAUUGUUUUCCUUCCGAUAUUUGGCAGCUACUUUUUACGGUCAAUGUCAAGCUUUUAUUAUUUUUGUAUUUUGUAAGACAUACUCAACGAGUAGAUGAUGGUUUUCUAAAUCAAAUUGAAAAAGUUAUACAUUGUGCAAACAUAAAGCCUUAUAAACAUGUUCAAUAUGCUUUCAUUGGAGCAAAUAGCACAUUUUUUGUCUUCCAUUUUCAGCAGUUUGACACGUUUGUUCAUAAACUCAGCAAAAAAAGAAACGUC